AAAAAAAGAGGAGCAGACACAAUUUUUUAAUUGGGCUUAAUAUAGACCGCGGAGCUAAAUUAACAUUAUUUUUAAGACCGACUCAGUGGGGGCGGACAAUCUUUUUUAUUUUUCUGUCAACGCGCAAGGACACACGUGAAAUACCCCUGGAAGCAGUGCGAAGAGACACAAAGGAACACCGACACCAACACUGACACUGACAGCAGUAUAUAGUAUGUCGCGAGUCAAUAGCCCCAGCUUGCAACACCAGCAGCAGCAGCAGAAUCGGAGGCCGAUCCAGCGCAAGGCAGUGAUAAUUGGCGACGGUGGGUGCGGCAAAACAUGUCUUUUACACGUAUACCGCGAGGGCUCAUUCCCGCCCAAUGAUCAGUACAUCCCGACAAUUUUCGAAGAGUGCGUCAAGGAUGUCGUCGUCGACGGGCGCGCGGUGGAGCUGGCGCUGUGGGAUACGGCGGGACAGGAGGACUAUGAUAAUGUGCGAUACCCUUGUUACAACGGAGCCAGCGUCGUCAUCAUUUGCUUUUCGGUGGACUCGCCCGACUCGCUGGAGAAUGUCCGGGAGAAGUGGAUCAGCGAAGUGCUGGAGUACGCGCCCGGAGUGCCGACGCUUCUGGUUGGCCUAAAGGAAGACUUGCGGAGGGACCCAAAUAUCAUUGAGCAGCUCGGCAGGGAUGGUCAGCAACCAACCAGUCGUGAGGAGGCGCUGGAGGUGGCGAGCGCGAUUGGCGCACACAUGUACUUGGAGUGCUCGGCGAAGGAGAAUCGGGGCGUGAAUGAAAUUUUCAGCAUGGCUGUGCGCAAAACUUUAAAGCCCGCCAAGGGCCAGCAGUACGCUUACGACGACACCCAGGGUUGUUGCAUAAUUCUGUAACUUCUUUAUUUCUUUUUUUUUUACUUUUCUAUCGCUUUCUCUUAGCUAUCCAAUUUUAUUCCUCCACAGUGUACUACUUUUUUAUUUAGUUUGCGAAACUUGGCC